AUGCAGUUCCUCACUCGAUUCCUCGCUCUCGCAGCGGCCGCGGUGCCGUUCCUGGCUCAGGCUGCUCCGGUGUCCACCGCCGUGGCUGGCCAAGUGAUUCCUGGAAAAUGGAUCAUUCAACUGACACCGGAAGCUGAUAUUGCGACUAUCGCGGCCCACAAGGUCAAGGUCCGCGAGAUUCACGCCCGCAAUAUUGCACGACGUGAUAUUGCGGACGAAGAGACUGGGGGAAUCGAGCGCGAGUUUGGAUUCGGUGAUUUCAAAGCCUAUUCCGGCUCUUUCGAUGCGGCUACCAUCGAAGAACUGAAGGCCAUGCCUGAGGUUCUUAAUGUUGAGAUGGACACUAUCAUGACGACUCUCGGGCUUGUGACGGAAAGCGCUGCUCCAUGGGGUCUCGCAAGUAUUUCCUCCCGCCAGAAGGGCGCAGUCGACUACGUCUACGACGAGAGCGGCGGACAGGGCAUGUUCAACUAUCUCGUGGAUACCGGUGUCCGCAUCACCCACAAAGAAUUCAGUGGUGGCCGUGCGGUCUGGGGCUACAAUGCGGUGAAUAACCAGAACACGGACAACGCAGGUCACGGCACUCACGUCGCUGGAACAAUGGUCGGUUCCACGUACGGCGUGGCCAAGAAGGCCACUGUCGUCGCCGUCAAGAUCUUCGAGGGCAGCUCGGGCUCCAGCUCUACCGUGAUUAGUGGCUUCAACUGGGCCGUCAACGACAUUGUCGCUAAGAACCGUACGAACAACGCAGUGAUCAACAUGUCUCUCGGAGGCGCAGCUUCAGCAACCUGGGACGCCGCCGUCACUGCCGCAUGGAACCAGGGCGUCCUCGCUGUUGUCGCUGCCGGCAACGAGAAUCGGGACGCUUCCUUGGUGUCUCCUGCUCGCUCGCCCGAAACCAUCUGCGUGGGCAACAUUCAGUCGGAUGACGUGAGACGUCAGGGCUCCACGGGCUCUAACUACGGCUCCGCUGUCGAUAUUUUCGCCCCCGGAACAAGCAUCCUCUCCUCGUACUACACUUCAGACAGUGCGACCACGAGCAUGACCGGAACAUCAAUGGCCUCCCCGCACGUCGCAGGCCUCGUUUCAUACAUUCGCGGCCUCGAAGGCCCCAUGAGUGCUGCGGACGUGAAGAAGCGCGUCUAUGAGUUGGCUACUCCUGGACGUGUUCAGGAUCCGAAGGGAUCGGCGAACCUGUUGGCGUACAAUGGUAAUGCCAAACAGUGAGUGCGCCGAAGAGUAAUGAAGGCUACAUGAGAGUUGUUAUGAAUUUGUACACGGCCUCUUAGAUGCUUAAUCUCACGCAAC